AUGAACGUCAACGGGUCGUACGCCCGCGUAUUCUUGUUCACAAUGGACAACGACCUCAAAGUCAUCGGACGCAUAGUGCUUCCUGUUCGUGAGGCAGUCAAGACCAAAGCCGAAGUCGCGGCCAUGGACAUGAUCAGAGCACGCACCAAUGUUCCAGUACCACAGGUAUACUUGUAUUGCUCAUCACCCCAAAACCCUGUUCGAACUGAAUGGAUUUUGAUGGAAUACAUUCGGGGCGAGACACUCGGGGAUUGCUUUGGAAGCCUUACUUUCCAGCAAAAGAUGCGCACAGCUACAGAAUUGGCGAUCAUCAUGUCGUCUUUGUUUAACAUCAAAGCCGCACGCAGCGGUAGUCUCAACCCCAAAUAUGGACGAGAUGAUCGCGACUUUUGCCUACGCUCCCUCCGCUAUCAUCUAGAUACACCGAACAAUCUCAACACUUUGAAUACAUCUGCAGAUAGCCAUCUCGGUGUCGGACCGAUCAACGACGUCACAUUCCUUGACUAUCCACGACAGGUCUCGCCAUCGAGAUGCGGGCCGUUCAGGUCUGAGCUGGAGUUCCUGGAGGCGUUCGCCUUUCGCGGUCACCCGCCGACACGAUCAGACGACAAGCUGGAGCGAUGGGCUUUCGAGAAGGUGUUCGAAGUGUACCACGCCGUUCGGCCGCUCUAUCGAGGCUUUGGAUCGUCAUGCAACGCUGACCAAGGCGAUACCUUCCAUUUCUCGCAUGGUGACCUCAGCAGCUGGAACGUCCUCGUAGACCCUGAGAGCGGCGGAAUCACGGGGGUGAUCGAUUGGGAGAUGGCUGGGUUUCGUCCUGCUUGGCUCGCGGCCGUCGGUUGCGGGUGGUUUAAUGAUGAUUCGGACCGAUUUCUGAUGACGGAUGACCAGGACGGCCGACUAGGAUAUGCGGAUGAUACUCCAACAGAUGCUCGGCUGCGCGCUCAUUUCCGUCUGCAGCUUGCCGAGCGGAGCAUGGAACUUUUUCGCCACUACUGGUUGGGAGUGGAAUUGAGGGCGAUUUUUUAUUCUUUAUGCCACGAGUACCCUGGUAAUGCGGAAGUCUGGCUGGAAAAGUAUGAGAACCACGAAUGGGAUGUGGCGCGGCGUGGAAGGUUUCCCUUUGAUCUUAUGGCAUGGAUUGAGGAAAAACUAGAUCUCGAAGAGAGGUAA